UCUGUGUAGGCUGCGGUUUGUCGUGUUAUUUUAUUGAAAUAGUUUUCUUAUUCGUGAUGUCGAUUCCGGUUUGCUGAAGUAAUGAGUAAUUUUUCUAGCACUUCUUCACAAUUUCUUCAAAAUGCCUAAAGAACAAUAUAGGGAGACAUACGUGGGCCGAAAGAUUUCUCAUGUGACGUUCAAUGUGGAUAGUCCGUCGCAGAUCCAGCAGGCCGCUCACAUCCAGGUGAUCACGAAGAGCUUGUACGCCCAAGAUGGGCAGCGGGUGCCUGCGACAUAUGGCGUGCUGGAUAGACGUAUGGGCACAAACCAGAAGGACGCAAACUGCGAGACGUGUGGCCUGGGGCUGGCGGAGUGCGUGGGCCACUACGGGUACAUCGAGCUGGCGCUGCCUGUGUUCCAUGUGGGCUACUUCCGGGCUACUAUCACUAUACUGCAGACUAUUUGUAAAGAAUGUGCAAAAGUGAUGCUCCCCGAGCCAAUAAAGAAGUCCUACCGUCGCAAGUUCAUGAACCCGGAGCUAUCCUACCUACACAAGAAGAGCCUUCGCGCGGCCGUCCACAAGAAGGCCAAGACGUGCAGCAAGUGUCCCUCCUGCGACGCCCUCAACGGGAUGGUCAAAAAGAGCUCUGCGGGUAUCCUCAAGAUCGUGCAUGAGAAAUACAGAGCAAAGAAGCCCGACGAUCCCGUAGUGUUACGAGUGCUGAAUGAGUUCAACGAAGCCAAGGAGUCCAACAAGGAGCUGGCCACCAUGAUCAACAGCGGCCUGGUCAUUGAGAUGAGCCCUUUGACGGUCAUCAACCUGUUCCGCCGCAUUCCCGACGAGGACAUCCCACUGCUGGGCAUGAACGUGAAGCAGUCGCGGCCCGAGGACCUGAUCCUCACGCGGCUGCCCGUGCCGCCUAUAUGCAUCCGUCCCAGCGUGGUGUCUGAGAUCAAGGCCGGCACAAACGAGGACGAUUUGACGAUGAAGCAAUCCGAGAUCCUCCUCAUAAAUGACGUCAUAGCUCGCCACAUCGCCAGCGGCGGCAAGAGCGAGCUGGUGCAAGAAGACUGGGACUACCUGCAGCUGCACGCCGCGCUCUACAUCAACAGCGAGAUGUCGGGGAUCCCCCUCUCGAUGCAGCCGAAGAAGCCAGGGCGCGGGCUGGUGCAACGCCUGAAGGGCAAGCAGGGCCGCUUCCGCGGCAACCUGUCCGGCAAGCGCGUGGACUUCUCCAGCCGCACCGUCAUCUCGCCAGACCCCAACCUGCAGAUACAGGAGGUCGGCGUGCCAGUGCACGUGGCAAAAGUCCUCACAUACCCCGAGCGAGCAUUCGCGGCGAACUUGGCGUGGCUGCGCGCGCUCGUGCGGCUGGGGCCCGACGCGCACCCCGGCGCCAACUACGUGCAACAGCGCGGACUGCGACACAAGAAGUUCCUCAAGUACGGCAACCGGGAGAAGAUCGCGCAGGAGCUCAAGUGCGGCGACAUCGUCGAGCGACAUCUGGUGGACGGAGACGUGGUGCUGUUCAACAGACAGCCCUCGCUGCAUAAACUCUCCAUUAUGUGCCACCGGGCCAGGGUGCAGCCACAGAGGACUUUCAGGUUUAACGAGUGCGUGUGCACUCCAUACAAUGCUGAUUUCGACGGAGACGAAAUGAACAUGCAUCUACCACAGACGGAAGAGGCGAGAGCUGAGGCUCUUAUUCUCAUGGGGAACAAAUCCAACCUCGUCACGCCGCGAAACGGAGAACUCCUCAUCGCAGCGACCCAGGACUUCAUCACCGGCGGCUACCUCAUCACACAGCGCGACACUUUCUUCACCAAGCAGGAGGCUCAUCAGCUGGCCGCCUGUCUGCUGGCGGGCCCUGACGCCACCAUGCGCAUCGACAUGCCUCCGCCCGCCAUCAUCAAGCCGCGGAUGCUGUGGACCGGGAAGCAGAUCUUCAGCUUGAUAAUGAAACCAAACAAACGGUGCGAGAUCAAGGCCAACCUCGAAACUAAAGGCAAGAACUACACCGGCAACCAAGACAUGUGCGUGCAGGAUUCAUAUGUGAUAAUCCGCAACUCGGAACUGCUCUGCGGGUCGAUGGACAAAAGCACGCUGGGCUCUGGUACCAAGAGUAGCAUCUUUUACAUCCUGCUGCGCGACUGGGGCGAGGAGCACGCCGUCCGAGCCAUGUGGAGGCUGGCUCGCAUGGCGUCGUACUACAUGAUGAACCGCGGCUUCAGCUUCGGCAUCAUCGACGUCACGCCCGGCAAGAAGCUCAUCGAGGCCAAGAACAAGCUGCUGGAGACUGGGUACUCGAAAUGCGACGGCUACAUCUUGGAAAUGGAGAAGGGAACGCUCCAGUGCCAACCCGGAUGCACGAUGGAGGAGACCUUGGAAGCCGUCAUGCUCAGCGAGCUUAGUAGUAUCAGAGAGUUGGCCGCCAAAGCUUGCUUCCGUGAGCUACACCCGACAAACGCACCACUGAUCAUGGCACAAAGCGGGUCCAAAGGAUCAAACAUCAACAUCUCGCAGAUGAUAGCGUGCGUGGGGCAACAGGCGCUGAAUGGCAAGCGAGUGCCCAACGGCUUCGAAGACCGCUCUUUGCCACAUUUUGAGAGGCAUUCCAAGAUCCCCGCCGCCCGAGGGUUCGUGGAGAACAGCUUCUACUCGGGGCUCACGCCGACGGAGUUCUUCUUCCACACCAUGGGCGGGCGCGAGGGGCUGGUGGACACCGCCGUCAAGACUGCCGAGACAGGGUACUUGCAGCGGAGACUUGUCAAGUCAUUGGAGGACCUGGUGCUGCAUUACGACAUGACGGUGCGCAACGCGACUGGCGAAGUCGUGCAGUUCCAGUACGGCAGCGACGGGCUUGACCCAUCCUGCAUGGAGGGCAAGGGCCGGCCCGUCGACCUGCCGCGCGUGCUCGCCGACGUGCGAGCGAGGUGCCACGCCAGGUACACGCCGCGUGACGUCACGACCAGGUGGAGCGGUCCAGUACGGCAGCCACGGGCUCGACCCGUCCUGCAUGGAGGGCAAGGGCCGGCCCGUCGACCUGCCGCGCGUGCUCGCCGACGUGCGAGCGAGGUGCCACGCCAGGUACACGCCGCGGAAGAAGAACCUUUGGACGGAGAUGGUAUCGUUCUAGCUGCCGAAGAAACUUUAGCUCUGGACGACUUCAAGACUUGCCCAAUCGAGUUCAAGAACGAAAUAUUGGCGUUCCUAAAAAAGAUCGCGGACAAAGUGCGCAAUCUUCGGGCGAAGUACGCGCACUGCGGGCCCAUCAUCCGUCAGCUGGAGCGCCUCACGCUGACGCAGCUGGUGCGCUUCGUGCGCGUCUGCCACGACAAGUACCAGCGCAGCGUCAUCGAGCCCGGCACCGCGGUGGGCGCGCUGGCGGCGCAGAGUAUCGGCGAGCCGGGCACCCAAAUGACCCUCAAAACCUUCCACUUUGCGGGCGUAGCGUCCAUGAACAUCACUCAAGGAGUGCCGCGUGUCAAGGAAAUCAUCAACGCGUCCAAGAACAUCUCGACACCAAUCAUCACGGCCGAGCUGAUGAAGCCGCACGACCAGGAGUUCGCUAGGAAGGUCAAGGGGCGGGUGGAAAAGACUACACUAGGAGAGAUCACAACUUACAUAGACGAGGUAUACUUGCCAAAUGAGUGCUUCCUUCUCAUUCGGCUGGACGCGGAGCGCAUCAAGUUGCUGUGUCUGGAAGUCAACGUGGACUCUAUCAUUUAUUCGAUAUGCACAUCAAAGCUGAAGCUAAAACCAGCUAACAUCACAGCAGUAUCAGAGUGGGCCAUCAAAGUGUCGGGCGAGGCGAGCCGCGCCGGCUGGCUCAACGUAGGGCUCCAACAAUUGGCCCGACUAUUGCCCGCCGUGCCCGUCAAGGGGCUCCCGCAAGUGUCACGUGCCGUCAUCGCCGCCGACGACACUGUCAGCCCAGUGCGGUAUAAGUUGUGCGUGGAGGGCGACGGCUUGCGGGACGUGAUCGCGACGUACGGCGUUGACGGAACCAAGACCACGUCCAACAACAUCCUUGAGGUGUACCACACGCUGGGCAUCGAGGCAGCCAAGUCGACCAUCAUCAGCGAGAUCCAGGCCGUGAUGGAGGGGCACGGCAUGAGCGUGGACCGCCGCCACGUGGAGUUACUGGCCGGACAGAUGACGGCGCGCGGCGAGGUGCUCGGCAUCACGCGCUACGGGCUCGCUCGCAUGAAGGACUCCGUGCUCAACCUGGCCAGCUUCGAAAAAACCGCCGACCACCUAUUCGACGCGGCGUACUACGGGCAGCGCGACCACAUCGAGGGCGUAUCAGAAUCAAUCAUCGUGGGCGUGCCGGCCGGCGUGGGCACGGGCGUGCUGCAGCUGCUGCACGCGCACGCGCCGCCGCCCGCGCGCCCGCCCGCGCCGCUGCUGUUCGAUAGACCAGAAUACCACCCGUCUAUAUGGGAAUGACAGCACACGCGGUAAUUGGGACCGCCCCCUAUCGGGAGUAAGCCACGCCCCCUACUGUUCUACGCAGCAAGUAUGACGCGCCACCGCCUCUCUAUUUGCGAGUGAGUUACGCCCGCUAAAGCCUGGUCCGUGAGCACGUAGAAUCCCGUCCAAUGACCCCAAGCUACUCAUCCUUAUCGCUCGCGCGUAAUUAUAUUGCUGUCGCGACUGUGCGACGCGCGCCCGCAGUGAGUGUGCGAGCGUGACAGCAACAUAAUUACGUGCGAGCGACAAGGAUGGGCAGCUUGGGGUCAUUGGACGGGAUUCUACGUGCUCACGGACCAGGCUUUACUGUUCGACGCGGCUGAGUAGGAUGACGCCGACCACGCUCACGCGCCACGCUCGCUGUUAGACCGCCCAUCUAUCUCCAAAUGAGGAUAGACGCUCUGCUGUUUAAAGCAGCUUACUAGGGUAGCGCGACUACAUCGAGGGAGUAUCGGAGUCGAUCAUCGUGGGCGUGCCGGCCGGCGUGGGCACGGGCGUGCUGCAGCUGCUGCACGCGCACGCGCCGCCGCCCGCGCGCCCGCCCGCGCCGCUGCUGUUCGAUAGACCAGAGUACCACCCGUCUAUAUGGGAAUAACACUUAGCAUCAUCCGUCU